AGCGUCGCCAUGCAUGUCACCCGGCCAAAAUCCGCCAAGGGGCGCACCCGGUCCAACCUGAGCUAUUCCCAGAGCCUGGGGGCCUACUCCUACCAAGUGCCAUCGUCCCCCCAGCCGGUCGCCACCCCUGGGGAGGAAGAGGUCAGUGGCCGGAGGGCAGCCUCCUCCCAGCCCAUCCAGGCGCUCCCGGCCGAAGUGCCGGACCUCCUCCAGCAGGUGCCCACCAGGACCUCAUCUUCCCUCAACAAGUACCGGGUACUGCCGUCCAUCAGCAGGAAGGACCGGAGGACAGGCACUGCUGAAGUGAUGUCCGAGCAGGCUGGUGAGCUCCCAGCCAGUGCCCAGGCGGCAGCAGCAGCCGAGGAAGAACAGAGGUCCCAGGAUCCUUCUCUGCUGAGGGGGCCCACACCUCUCCUGCUGGAGCACAAGGGGGGCGGUGGAGAGCACCCCCAGCCCCCCUUUCCUGCCUUGGAGAGGCCUCGAUCGAAUAAAAAGAGGGAAGGAAGUUCUCCCACCGCACUGACCCUCAAUCUGGAGGAGCCCGGUGAGGAGGAGCCCCGGCUGCUGCUGGCCAUCCGCUCGCCUUCGGGGGAAAGGUUCGAACGCUACUUCCGGCCCACAGACAGCCUGGAGACGGUGGUCGCCGUGGCCGAGCAAAAGAACGCGGCCGCCUACCGGCGCUGCAGGAUCGGGACGGUGGAAGUGCCCCGCAGGACCUUCUCGGACCUCAGCCGGUCUUUGCAGGACUGCGCCAUCCGCCACAAGUCCGUGCUGUGCAUUCUGCUGGACAAGCAGGAGGGGGCGCUCUGAGCAGGAGUGUGUCUGCCUCCCAUUAAACCCCCCUGGAAGGAAACUCAGCCCC